AGAAGCCGGAAGCUUCAAAUUACCCACCAACUCCGCGUAACAGACAGCCACCUCCUCUGAUUUCAAAUUCGAUCAUCCGUCCUGUACGCUUCUUCCUUCUUUCUAGGGUUUCGUUCUUCGAUUCUGAAGCUUUAUCGUCUUCGAUUUUCUUUCUCUUUCUUCAAUGGCGACCAAUUCGCACAGAGGCCGUGACUUUUACGGUGCUGCUUACAGAUCCAGAGAAGGGCUUAGCACGAGACCUGCGGCUAUUUCUGAUGAAAUACAAUUGCGGAUUGAUCCGAUGCACGCGGAUGUGGACGACGAGAUUAGCGGUCUCCGUAAACAAGUUAGACAGCUCAGAAAUGUAGCUCAGGAGAUAGAAUCAGAAGCAAAGUUUCAGAAUGAUUUUAUCAGUCAGCUGCAAACGACGCUGAUCAAAGCUCAAGCAGGGGUGAAGAACAACAUGAGAAAAUUGAAUAAGAGCAUCAUCCAGCAGGGAUCAAGCCAUGUGAUCCAUGUGAUUGGUUUCGCACUACUAUGUUUUUUUGUGGUCUACAUGUGGUCCAAAUUUUCGAGAAGAUGAGAACCAGCAGUCUUGCUGCCACACCAGAAGUAUCCAAAUUUUCGAGAAGAUGAGAACUGGCAGUCUUGCUGCCACACCAAAAGUGCAUUUUUAGUCUUCUGAGAAUUUCUAAUCUAUUGUAAAGCCAGCCCCAUGGCUUUAUAAGUUGUAAUGACGUCUUUUUAAAGUCUGAUUUUAGUUUUCUUCAUUUAAUUUUGCGCAGAAAAAGAAUGUUUACCUUGUGAGUAAUGUUGAUGUCUACUUUGUGAA